UAUUUCGUAUAAUAUUUUACUCGUCAUUAAUAAUUUCGAUCUAAUAAUAAAUCAAAAAUAAAAAUACUUAUAUAUGUUAAAAAAUAUUCAUGUAUCUGUUAUUAUGUUGACGUAAAUAUUUGUGAAAUUAUAAAAAAUUAUCGUCCAAUUUAGUACAUGCGGUAUAGAUAAUUGUUAUUUGAGACUUUAGUUCUCUAUAGUUUAAUAAUGUUUUUUAUGAAAAAAUUGAUAAAGAUUCUUACAUGAAAUAAUUUAUGUAUCACUUAAUUAUGAGUACAUAUUUAUUAUCAAAUAAAAAUUAAAGAACAUGAUAUAUAUAUAUCAGUGUAACGCAUAAGAAAUAUAGACAAAAAUUUUCCAUGAAAGAUUAUUUUUUUCUUUUUUUAUUGAUAAAUUUAUCGUAUUAUCACGUUUGAUAUAAUUUCUAUCAAACGUGAAAAACAGUAUUCUCCGACAAUUCAUGGUGUAUACAUCACAAAGAUGUUUCCUCUUUUAGUAAUAAUUGCUUUUCUCCUUAUAAUAUAUAAUUAUUACAAAUAUCUAAGCAGUAAACCACCAGGAACACCUCCAGGAAUUGUUGGAUUACCGAUAAUAGGAGUUUAUUGGUAUUGUUUAUGGUACAAUUACAAAUAUCCAUAUCAAUCGUUGGGUUAUUUUUCGAAAAAAUUAAAAUCUAAAUUGAUUAGUUGUUAUUUUGGAUCGUUUUUUACUGUGAUAGCUAACGAUUAUGAAAAUGUAAAAGAAAUAUUGCUCAGAGAAGAAUUCGAUGGUAAAUUAUCUGAUAGUUACUUCAUAAAGGCACGAGCAUUUAAUAAAAAAUUGGGUAUAAUUUUUACUGACGGAGAACAAUGGCGAGUACAAAGAAGAUUCGCUCUUCGUUAUAUGCGAGAUUUCGGAUUUGGUCGACGACACGAGAUAUUUGAAAUGAAUACCAUGGAGGAAUUAAACAUUUUAAUAAAUAUGUUAAAAUAUGGCCCUGUAAACGAAGAUGAAAAGAAAAUUUGUAAAGACGGAUUGGCCCUUUUCCCUGAAGUCUUAUACCCCUUCUUUAUUAACAAUAUAUGGGAAAUUAUAUUUGGAUACAGAUUCGAACGUAGUAAAUACGAAAAGCUUCGUUACUUCGGUCGAAAAGGCAUAAAAUUUAUAAGAUCAACCGACCCAUUGGGUGGUUCGGUCUUUUUUUGGCCGAUCACAUGCUUUUUUGGAAAUUUAUUCUCAUUCAAAGACUCAAUGGAAUCGAACUAUGCUAUGAUAGACUUUAUAAAGAAAUAUUUGGAUAAAUAUAAAUUAAUCCACGAAAAGAAUGGCGAGUACGGAUUUAUAGGCAAAUACUUGAAUAAAUUGAAAGAGCCCAAUCUUCCAAUUUCCUUCUCAGAGGAAUAUCUUAUAAUAACAAUAUUAGAUUUUAUAUUACCUACUGCAGUCACGACAGUCACUCUUAUUACAAAUGCUAUCAAAUUUAUGAUAUAUUUUCCAAACGUUGCGAAAAAAGUUAGAGAAGAGAUACACGAGGUUGUCGGAAGUGGAAGAUUGGUUAGUUGGGAGGAUAGAAAUAAACUUCCAUAUACAGAAGCGACUAUACGCGAAACCAUGAGAUACGAAACGAUUACUCCACUUGGCAUUAUACAUAGAUCCACUAAGGAUACAACAUUUCGAGGAUAUUUUAUUCCAAAUAAUACAAUUAUGAUAACCAAUAUCGCUGAGAUAAAUAAUGAUCCCGAUCUUUGGGGCGAUCCAGAGAAUUUUAGACCGGAAAGAUUUUUGAAGGAUGACGGUCAAUUAAAUAAAGAUUUAUCAUUACCUUUUGGCGCAGGACACAGAUUGUGCGCCGGAGAAACAUUCACGAGAUUUACGACAUUUCAAGUUUUUGCUACCUUAAUGCAAAACUUCGAUUUUUCUUUCGUCGAAGGUCAACCUUCGAAAAUUGAAGAUAAAUAUCCUGGUAUAGUUAUUACUCCAAUGGAAAAUUGGAUUCGCCUAAAGCCAUACUCUUAAUCAGUCAGUACUGAUUAAGAAAAAAAGAUAUGUAAUUUAAUUUAAAAAGUAUCAAUGAUUUAUGAACGGACAAAGAGCAAUGGUGUAAUAAAUGCUAUUGCAUGAGAUAAAAUUAUUAUAUUUACAUGGAGUAUGAAAAUUUGAUUGAUCUACUUUACCACAGUUAAUAAUCAGGAAGAAUUUUCAUGAUAGUACUCUGAACAUAUGAAGAACAACAAUUCAUUAAAAUUAAAAAAAUUUUUGCACAAACACAUACACACAUAUAUAUAUAUAUAUAUAUAUAUAUAUAUAUAUAUAUAUAUAUAUACACAUAUAUAUAUUCAUUACUUUUCCAUUAUAAUUUGUUAAGUUUGAUUAUAUACUAUAUUAAUAGCAAAUAAAAAGUUGCUUUCAAUUUAGGAUACAAAUAAUAUGAGAUAUUAUUUAAAUCAGCAAUAGAUAUAAUUUAGUGUAUGUACAACUUCUAUUAUUACCUUGACAUGAUUUUUUUUCAGUUUCCUGAACAAUGAAAACGAAUACCUUAAUAAAGUAUAUACAAAUCACUAUUAAACUGUUGAACAGUACAUUGUGUCUCCAUAUAAUGUACUUUUUACUUUAAAGAUUAAACAAUUGUCAUUACAAAUAAUUAUUAUAAUAUUAUUUUAUAUAAUCUAACUGAUGCAUAAAUAGAAAUAAAAUUUUUUGUUCUAAUUCUGAUUUAAUUUGAUAAGGUAUAUUCUAUAGCUUUUGACAUCAAUUAUUAAAUCUAAUUAAUUUUGCUAUAA